GCUUCUUCGUCUCCUCCCUCUCGUUUCCCUCCUCCUAAAAGAGAGGAGCGGUGUCCUCUUCGCUCCCACACGUUGCGGCUCCGCCCACCUCUCCCCUCUCCUAGGGUUUCCACAAACUGAAGGGGGAAGAGAACGAUGGUGGGGUGUUCGCGCCACAACCUCCCCUCUUGGAUGAGCGCGGCGUCGCGGGUCGACUUCGACAACCUCCCGCGCCCGGCGCCCGGCGGCGACGCGGGAUCGGCGGCCGACGCGGAGUUGGGGUUCGCCGAGCGGGCGCUCUCCGCCGCCGGAGCCGCGUUCCUCUCCGCGAUCAUCGUCAACCCCCUCGAUGUGGCGAAGACGAGGUUACAGGCGCAGGCGGCUGGGGUUCCGUAUUAUCACCCCUCGCAGCAUCAAUGUGGACGAAUGGCGUCCCUCGGGCCGAGCGAAAUGCUUUCAGAUUUCAGAUGUUCACCAACAUGUACUCGCAGUGUAAUAUUUGGGACAGAGCCAGUCUGCCCCUCUGAUUGUUUUCAGUACAAAGGAACUUUGGACGUCUUUUUUAAAGUAGUUAGACAGGAGGGAUUUGCUAGAUUAUGGAGGGGCACAAAUGCAGGCUUAGCAUUAGCUAUACCAACAGUUGGAAUAUACUUACCCUGUUAUGACAUAUUUCGCAACUGGAUUGAAGAUUUCACAACCUGCAAUGCUCCUAGUUUAACACCAUAUGCUCCACUAGUUGCAGGUUCAGUUGCACGCUCAUUAGCAUGCAUAGCUUGUUCUCCAAUAGAGCUGGCAAGGACACGCAUGCAGGCAUAUAAAGAGUUUCAAACUGGAGUGAAGGCCCCUGGAAUGUGGAAAACAUUACUUGGUGUUCUAUCACCAUUAAAGAAUACAAGUCAAACUAUACAAAACUAUCGUAUUCUGUGGACUGGUGUGGGUGCACAACUUGCUCGUGAUGUUCCUUUUUCUGCUAUAUGCUGGGGUACUCUUGAGCCGACUCGUCGGAAACUCCUUGCUUUAGUUGGUGAGGAGGGCAAUGCAGCUAGCGUUUUAGGAGCAAAUUUCUCAGCUGGUUUUGUAGCAGGUACUCUUGCUGCUGCUGCUACAUGCCCCCUAGAUGUUGCAAAAACAAGGAGACAAAUUGAGAAGGAUCCAGAGAAGGCUAUGAAAAUGACUACAAGGCAAACAUUAUUGGACAUUUGGAGGAGUGGCGGAGUGAAGGGUCUCUUCACAGGUGUAGGCCCACGAGUUGGGCGGGCUGGGCCCUCUGUUGGGAUCGUCGUUUCCUUUUACGAAGUGGUUAAGUAUGUCUUACACCAAAGGAACACAUCAUGAUCAACACACAGUUCGCUUACAAGGUUCCAUCUACGUAAUAUUAUUAGAAGCGCCAAUAGUCUGCAGUAGUCGGCAGAUUGACACGAGCUGCGACAUCCGUGGCAUGGUGAUAUUGACAAAGUAGGAAUAAAUUACUCAUCAAGCAGACACAUUGGACUCGGUUCAUCCGUAGUGUAGUGAUAUUGACAAAGUAGGAAUAAAUUACUCAUCAAGCAGACGCACUGGACUCGGUUAAUGUUCGUAUGACUGACUCAUCAGAUUCAAUGAAACUGCACUGCCAACAGAAGUAUAUACUUCGCUAAUUUCAUGAUCAGUUUUACUCAAUUCCUUUAGAAAGAUGAAGUCUUAUUGGGAUUCGAAACUGUUAAGGGUUCAUCAGGAGUCGCCGCACCUUUGUGUUCCGUGGUCAACCAAAAGUGCUUACCAAAUUUUGUCGAAGAUAUUAAAUCAUCUCAUCUCUGUUAGAUCGAGAGAAGCCUCAGUUUUUCUUUCAGAGAUUAUGUUGUAGGGGCUAAUUUUCUCUCUUUUUUUCUUUUUCUUUUUUUUCCUUUUUUCAUUUCUUAAACCAUAAGUGAAACACCCAUUUUACGUUUUUAUUGUUACCAAUUCAUUUAUGUGCUUUCCAAUGUUUGUGUGGUC